AUGGACGCCAUGCCGAUCACCACCGCCCGCAUCAACAGGUUCGCCGGAACAAACUUCCAUACGUGGAAGUUCAAGAUGCAGAUGGUGCUGGAGGAGCGAGACUUGUGGGAUGUCGUGAGUGGGGAGGUGAAGCUUAAGCACUGCGUGUCGACAUUGGACCAAGCCACGUUCAAGAGGAAGUUGCGUAAGGCACUGGCGAUCAUCUGCCUCGCAAUGGAGGACUCGCAGUUGCCACUGGUGCGCUCGGCGGAGAAUGCGUAUGAUGCAUGGUCGCGUCUGGAGGGACACUACGAGAAGAAGAGCUUGGCUAAUAAGCUCUUUCUUCGUCGCCGUUUCUUCACGACAACGAUGGGAGAAGGUGAUGACGUGCUAGAGCACAUCAACAAGCUCAAGACCCUGGCGGAGCAACUGGACGCGGUUGGUGCUCCGGUCAGCAAAGACGACUUGGUCAUCACUCUUUUGGCCAGUCUCAGCGAGUCCUAUCAGUUCCUGAUAACGGCGCUGGAGUCAAGAUCCGACUCGCUGACAUAG